AUGACUUCCCCAGCUUCACAGAACUCUGAUUAUGCUGAAAAACGCUUCCUGGAUUACCUGUGCAGCAUUCCAGCCUACAAGGCAUCCCAAAUCCUGGGGCUACAGGGCCCUGACCUUGACUUUCCUUCCUUUGCGGCUGCCAUGGUUGCUGGUAUUCCUCUCCAGUACUUCGACCAGCCACAGCCAAUUGUUGAUGGUCCCCGCUUUGAGGUCCGGGAUGGAAGCCUCACUCUUGUCACCAAACCCAAUUCAAAAUCAAAGAUGAAUUGGCCAACCCAGAUUGCGUCCUCGCCCUCAUCGGCACCAUUUCAUGUUGCGCCUGCUGCUACCCGUCCUGCAUCUCGCCUCCGCUCCUUGAACAGCUUCAUGCUCUUCCGCAGCUUUGUUGCUCCCCUGUUCUACGGGGUCACCCAAAAACAAAAGUCGACAUUGAUUUCCACCAUCUGGGCCGAGGAGCCACUUAAAGCCCAGUGGACAGUCAUGGCCAAGGCGUACACUUUUCUUCGCGACCAUUUUGAACUAGGGGCCAUUUCCUUGAGUGACUUUACUGCAACUAUUGCUCCCAUGUUCGGGAUCCCCUCUGCUAAUGAGUACAUCACGAUACUCGGUUGGACAAUCAUGUCAUGGGCUCUUGAGGACGGUCAGAAGGGCUUCGAUGUGACCCAGAGCUGGGACCCCAACCUGGCUGAUUUAAAUCUCCAGCCUGUGUCUGUUGAGAAUAUCGUUGACCAUUAUCAAGAACUCAGGAAGUUGGUCACAAAGGAUGGCUCUGUGUGGCCGCUACCUCAGCAAGGUUAUUCUGCGCUGGCACUCAACUCAAACUGCCCAAUUGACUCCCGCCAAGAGCUUCCUGACCCCUACGGUUGGCUCUUCAAUCAUCGCGGUGAGCGUCAGGAUGGUCCUAUUGAAGAUCUCCACUUGAUGGAUGUGUACAACAACCCUGGCCCUGAUAUGGACCAUAUUCGCGACCUCAUGAUCAUCCCCCCUACUGACAUCCUUGUCAAUCCUAACUUCGAUCUUGAGCUCGCCGAUGAGCUUGAUAAACUCUUCCCGGACAUGGAAUUUUCAAUGCUUGAUGCGCAUGGGCUCCUCAACAUUCAGUAA